AUGACAGCCGAACCCGUUCAGCCCAAUCGCGGCGCCACUGUGCCCGACGUGGUCGCCGUGGGCAAAGAACAAGUCUCUCGAGAAGAAUGGCUUGCGAAACAAGGAAUUAAUCCAGAUGGUCGAAUUCAACUGAAGAAGCUGUCCCACAUGCGGUAUCAGCAUCCCGAUCUCGAUGAAAUCCAGACUUUCAUGAUCGAUUUUGGAAUGCAAAUUGCGAAAAGAACGGAUGAUGAGAUUUGGUUCAAAGGAUACGGGUCCGACCAAUACGUCUAUUAUGCACGAAAGGGACCCAAGCAAUUCUUGGGUGGGACCUUUGAAGCACAAAGCCAAGAGGACUUUGACAGAGCGUCCCGUCUUUCAUCUGCAGGCCCUGCCCAGGAUAUCACCAAUGCACCUGGUGGGGGUUCGUUGGUCACCAUUACCGACCCUGAGGGAUAUCUCUUCAAUGUGAUCUUUGGUCAAGAACCGACGAACAUCGAGGUCUCUCAUCCAGAAAAGGUGGUACUCAAUUAUACUGGCGAGAAGUCGCGACGCCGCGAAUUCAAUCGAUUCGAGCCUGGUCCCGCUGCAGUGCACAAGCUUGGCCAUUUCGGGUAUACCACCCAGAAAUUCGAUGCCCUCCUCCAUUUCUACACCACCACCUUCAACUUCAUCCCAACCGACCUCCUCUACAUCGAAAAAGAAGGCCAAAAGAUCUUCGUCACGAUGUUCGCCCACCUUGAUCUCGGCGAUACCCUCGUAGACCACCACUGCAUCUUCUUCAGUGCCAGUCUCACCAGCUCACAUGUCCAUCACUGCUCCUUCGAGGUCCACGACUUCGACACCCAGCAGCUGGGUCACCAGUGGUUGACGAAGAAGGGGUACAAGGUGGCUUGGGGCGUUGGUCGACAUGUCCUGGGCUCGCAGAUCUUUGAUUACUGGUGGGAUACUACAGGUAAUAUUGUGGAGCAUUAUGCGGAUGGGGAUUUGGUUAAUCAGGAUACCCCCAUUGGGUAUGUCAAGGCCGGCCCUGACUCGUUGGCCGUGUGGGGUCCGGAGGUUCCUGCUGAGUUUUUGGCGUAG